GCAUCAGUUCAGCCUGUACUGUUUCGCCGGCCGGUGUCUACGAGGUGGACGAGGAAGACGAAGUGGAAGAGGGAGAAAAACCAGAAUCCCUGCUACUGGCGGAGGAAUAUGAGCCACUGGAAUUCACUGAACUGCUCGACCUGGCCAACUGGGUUCACCACAGACCCUACCUCUACGGCAUUGGUCGGAUCAACUGGAUCAGCACAAAGAAGGCAGCCAAGGCCUACAAGGCUCUGAUGGCGGAAGAGGAGGGUGAGGAGGCCGAACCGGAGGACGAGGAGGAGAUGGCAGAGGAGGGCGAGGAGGAGGAAGAGGAGGAGCCCGAGGAGGGUCCGGAUUUGCUGACACCAGUU